AUGGCAGUAAAAAACAGAAUAUCCCCGCACCCGCAGCCCGCCUGCCUGCCGCCUUCGCGUCGCAUCGCGUCUCUCGCGUCCGUCCCCGUCCGUUCGCUCGUCGGCUCCAUCGUCGGGUCCGGUCCGGUUAUCCCACAUACGCGCACACGCACACGCACAAGCACACGCACACACCAAGCAUCGAGCACAAAGCACAAAGCACAAAGCACUCUACUCUACUUUACCCCGCCGCGCCGCGCCGUCGUCAUCACGAAAAGCGAAAAGCAGCCCAAGCCCGAGCCCGCUGGCUCUCCCAAGUUCCCAUCCCAAGUUCCCAGCCGCUGCACGAGCUCUCUCCGGGCCCAUCUCUUUCUUACAUAUGAUACGCACCGCACCCAAACGCCGGUUACUGCCCCAGCGAGCUCGGCACCAACCAUCUCUCUUCUCGCCCCAUGCCCCAAGAAGGACGAGUCCCAAGGGCCAAGUCGCACUGCCCACACCCCCCUGUCAUGCUACACAUACAUUAUCUCGGUGGACAGAGCAGAAGAAGCUUGGAGGGUGCUGGAGAGUGGAGAGUGGAGUCUAGUCGGCUUGGGAAGCGGUGUAUCGAUCGGUCGGUCGGUCGACGACGGCAUCCAACAGCCAACAGACUACGGAUCAACGCCGAGUCAACGGUCCGCCUGCCAGGAUCAGGAUCAGGAUCGUCGCCCGCCCGGUCGAUUCUCACCGACCGAGUUCACAGCCGCCCCGAGUGGUCUGGUCAUAGGGACGUUCCUCGGGCACUCGACGCCCGAGUCGUGA